AUUUCCCGAUACUAUAAUCCAAACUUGAUCCAUUGUUCAUCAACCAUUUUCAACAUUGCCGACGCGUUCUUAAAUAAUGUAGCCGUCGUCCGUUUAUUUUGAUUUCAUUUUCCCACUUCUAUUUUUUUUCUUCCCCACGAAUCGUCGCUUGCAACAAUCAAUACGAUUAUUAACAUUUCGAAUCUAACAUUGCCUUCUCAACUUAGGUGUGACAAUAUGUCGACGGAAGCUGUAACAGCGCCCGAGGUGUCCGCCGAAGCGCCGAUGGAAAAUGAGGCCGUCACUAAUUUUUCCUGGCUACAACCUCAUGUUUUCUUUGUUAUCAUCCUCGUUGGAGAAGAUGAGACCCCCUUUGGUAUUCAAAAGGACUUCAUAUGUUCUAAGUCUACUCACUUCCGCAACAUUUUUACUCAAAAACCCGGCGACGCGCCUCCGGACGAGAAGCUCGAAAACAUUGUGAAACUGCCGAAUACCACACCUAAGGUUUUUGGAUUCGUCCAGAACUUCUUGUAUACGGGCAGAGUCUUCACCGACGUCAAUUCGCUUCCUGGCUAUGAAGUUCUGAUUUCGACUUGGAAGCUUGGACAUGAGUUGGGUAUUGAAGGUCUAUGUGAUGAGGUUCUUGAAGCCAUGGCUGAGUGUAGACGACUCACUCAGCACAUCCCCGCAACCCCGCUACUUGUACAAGCAUGGAAAGAUGCGCCGGAAGGUUCUUCUAUUCGCAAGCUCCUUCUCAAUUGGGCUGCCGAGUAUAUUAGAUCGUCAGAAUCCCGCCAGGAGUUUACGAAGUCCCUGCCGCAAGAGGUAUUGAGCGAGCUUGUCAUCGCCAUGAGCCACCUCAAUUCUUCCCCAGUCAUACAGGUCAAUGCCGUAUCAUCGCCCGCUAGCCAGACCCAACGAAAGAACGUCCACUACUUGGAAGCUGAGGACAGCGACGGCGAGAUGUAUCACAAGACACAGAAGCAUCGCCACUCUGAUGUCAUUCACAGCCGACCAACUCAGACUGAACGAAAGGUUGCGGUCAAGAAACCCGCCUCCAGACCGUCGCUUCCUAAUAACCCGAAGCCAAUCAAGGUCAAGCGAUCCAGCCUGACCAACGCGGACGGGCAGCAGUAUUCAUCGGACCAGAAGCUGAAUUUCUGUGCCGACUUAUUGGGUAGGAUGCUGUCUGGCCCAGGCUUCUGGACUCGCCUAGUUGGCCCCUUCCGUGAACCCGUUCGACCAGUCGAGGAUGGCGUGCCGGAUUACCUAGAGAAGAUCAAGACGCCGAUGGAUCUUAGCACGAUCAAGGACAAGAUGGACCGUCGGGAGUACAAGGACGACCAAGAAUUCUUGACCGACGUCCGUCAGAUCUUCGCCAACUGCUUCACCUAUCACCAACCGGGCUCGCCAAUGUGGGCGAAUUGCGAGAAGUUCCAAAAGACAUUCGAGGAGAAGUACUCCACGAUGCCGAAAUGGAUCGCAAAGUUGGAGGGUGAUGAGGCCGCCUAAUUUCUUUUCUUAACGACACGAUGACGAGGAUAUACCUAGCCUGAAAACGCCGACGAACUCGCCGGCAUACCUAGCCUUAAGACAUGGCUUGUACUAAUAUUAACAUUCUGCACAUACUAGUGCGGUUGGGCGUAAGGCGAGACGCUCCUACUUAAAUGGAUGGUGUUCAUAAUCAUGGUGCCUACAAAGGGCAUUUUUAUAGGGACGGGGGCUGGGAUUGAUAUCAGCAGCUGGUCCUAUGCCCUUUUUCAAGGAUACUAUCUUCGUUGCUGAGUCGGUACUAGGCGUGAAGGAGCAACGGCCACGACUUAUUGCAUUUUGCUUCGUCCAUAGGGGUUUAUAGGGUCCAGGGACACAGAACCGGAAAAGGGUUGGCUGAGAUCAAUUUGAUAUCCUAAUUGCUUUUAUGAAAAAUCUGUCCCGUGCCUCCAUUUAGUGGCCACUCAAGUGUUAGUAGCGUAAUUAUGAAUUAUUUAGGGCCGACAACUUCGUAUUCCUAAUUCUUACCUUCGCAUAUAGAUUUGAAUGGCUGGAGUCGUCUUUACUUCGAUAAAUGGCGUUGUACUGGUUUACACAG